UAAGAUUUACCACGCAGGCUCUUUUUAAUUUUCCUUGCUUCACUCUCUUGUUCUCUCUAUUUUGUCUCACUAACUUUCUUGCAUGGCGAUUGGGGCUUGAAUUUCAAAAUUAGGGCACAGAAUCGACGUUCAUCGGUGCAAACUGAAGAAGAUGUGAUCGCACGGAGAUUUUAGGUCUUUCUUGCGAUAUUUGGUUGAAGCGUGGAGUGUUUUUUAUUUUCUUCUUCCUUUUUUGGUUUUUAGAUUACUAGGGUUUUCGGGGUAUGAAGGGCGGGUCGGAUCGGACCAAGGUGGUGUUGCGUCACCUGCCACCGGCGAUAUCUGAAGCUAUGCUCAUGGGGCAGAUUGAUUCUGUCGUCGCGGGACGCUACAACUGGGUCUCGUUUCGCCCAGGGAAGAACAGUCUGAAGCGUCAAACUUAUUCAAGAGCAUAUAUUGACUUCAAAAGGCCAGAGGAUGUUUUGGACUUUGCUGAGUUCUUUAACGGUCAUGUUUUUGUUAACGAGAAAGGGACUCAGUUCAAAACUAUUAUUGAGUAUGCCCCUUCGCAGCGAGUUCCACAGCAGUGGUCGAAGAAAGAUGGUCGUGAAGGGACAAUACAAAAGGAUCCUGAGUAUCUGGAGUUUCUUGAAUUUAUUGCAAAGCCUGUUGAGAAUCUUCCGAGUGCAGAGAUACAAUUGGAGAGGAGAGAAGCAGAACGAGCUGGCACUGCAAAAGACCCUCCUAUAAUAACUCCUCUAAUGGACUUUGUUCGACAGAAAAGAGCUGCUAAGAUCGGAUCUCGGCAGCAGAGAUUAUCAUCUAAUGGGAAACUGAGGAGCAGGAGUGUUGAAAUAUCAGGUGGAAGUUCUAGCUCAGCUUCAUCCAAGCAGGGUUCUGAAAAGAAAAGGGGGUCCAAGACAAUGUAUGUACCGAGGGACAGUACGAAAAGUAUCAGUGGCAAAGACAAAUUUACUUACAUGCUAGUUUCAAGGCAAGUUGAUCAGCGGGUUUCUGCAGCUGAAGGGGAAGGACUCGAAGAUGAAAGUGGAGUUUCUGGAAGUACCGACUCGGAUAAGAAGAAAGUCCUGCUGCUGAAAGGGAAAGAGAGAGAAAUUUUACAUCAUCAGAAUAUGACAACUCCAAUUAAAAAUUUAUAUGGCCCGAGUGCAUUUAAGCAAAACCAACGACAUGAAGCUGCUGGAAAGACUGUAAGAAGCAUACUUGUUAACAAAGACUCCCGCCUAAGUCAAUCUGGUGGGAUUCAGUCAGAGCAGAAAAUCCAUACUUCUGUUUUGGAAAAGGAUAGACGUCCUCCUCGGUCUCCAACUAUACAAUUUGUGUCAAAGGAUAUGAAUGGGGCUUCAGAUGACAAGUUGGUUGGGGAUAACUUGCAUGGUCUUCACGGUGAGAAGGAGAAGCGUGCAAGAAAUAAGGAUAGACCUGAACGUGUAGUAUGGACUCCUCUUCGUCGAUCUGAUGGAUCAGACACGAGUGAUGAGUCAUUAUCAUCAUCUGCUUCUCAACCGUCACAUACACUGUCAGAUUCUUUGGAAGGAAGACACGAAGAUCUCGGAAUUAACGCAGCAAGUGCCAGGAGAGGGGAAGUUAAGGUCUUUGGAAGUGGACGUAGCAGUCAUUCUUCUUCAGAUAAUAAUGGAUUCACUAAACAUGUUGUUCGUCGUGUAACUUCGCAUUUUGCAAAGGACACCGAUGGCUCAUUAGUACUUAGUGAGGGAAAGUCUUCAAGAAGAAGCAGUACUACUAGCUAUGGUUCCCAUGAGAAACAAGUUUGGGUUCAAAAGUCAGGUUCUGGUUCGUAGUGUCUUUUGGAGGUAGAAUGCUUGGUUCCUCAAAUUUUGCUGCAUUCACUCUUGUGCUGGAGGGCACACUUUUUGGCUGAAGAGAUAAUCUGGUAUGACAGUUUCAGCAACGGAAAUGGCUUCAUGGAAAAGCUGGGAAAAUUUUCAAACCUGACCUGAAGAUACUGAAGGUUCAAGAAAUCCCAAUUUUAAUCGGAGGCAGAUAUGGGAAUAGGAAGCAGAAAGAUAGAAGAAAGAUCUUGUUUUAUAUAAAGCCAGUGGCAUCAUAGCCUCCUUUCGUGGGGUCUGGUUGCUGGAAGAGUGAUGAAUAUCCUCAUUCUGGCCAUUAACUUGGACUGAUAUGGGGAAAAAUUCGUUAUAUGGGGUCCGUUUGUUUAGUUAAAACUGCAAAUAUACGUCCACAUGAAGUCUAGUACCGGAUUUCGUUAGCUGCAUGGUCCAAUUGUGCACAGCCUAGUGCAUUGAUGGGUGGGCAUUUGUUUGUAGCCCUCCUGGUAUUUUGUUGGGCUCUCGCGAGUGGAUGCAUUUGGAAGAGAAGAAAAGAUGGGGACAUAGUUCAACUCAAUUCGAUAGAUUAAAAUCAGGGAUUUGGUGGCACUUGUUGGGUGUUGUGUUUGCAGUGUAAUACUGUUUUAUUACCGAAGUGCAAAACUGCCUUUGUGCUAUAUGGUCUUCGAUAAAGUAGAAUUUGCUGCAUAUAUUACCAGAAAAUGGUUUUGGUUUUGCUGCAUAUAUAACCAUAACGGGGAUGGGGGCUGGAAUUGUCUUUGGUGAAAUUGUGUGGAAUAUUUUAAAUCUGAACCAUCCGUUACAUCUAAUGGAUGAGAUUUAAUCC